CUGGUUGGUAACUCAAUGCAACCGGUGAAUGACGUAGUGGAACGUGCUGUAAUUUUUAUAUUGACACGUUGAUUUAAUUUUGAAAAUUAAUGAAAACCUGAAUGAAAUUUCUUAUAAAAUAAUUAAAAAAUAUGGGUGGACAAAAAUUCCAGUACGAUGAAAGUGGCGGAACUUUUUUCUAUUUUUUAUUAUCGUUUUUGGCGUUAAUUUUAAUUCCUGCAACCUAUUUUUAUUGGCCACGUAAACGUCAAGAAGAUCCCGAAAAAGAGCGAAAAGGUUGCCAGUGCGAUGGGUGUGUACAGAAAAAACAAAUUUUAUCGCAAUCCGAACCAUGGAAAGGUACAAAAGAAUUCCUUACAAAAGUUGCAAUUGUCGGUGGUUGGGUGUUGUUAGCAUUUCUAGCAUACAAAGUAUCCCAAUUUGAUUAUGAGCUAGCAAAUUUCGAUCCAUAUGAAAUUUUGGGUAUACCAGUGGGAAGUUCUGUGGCAGAAGUGAAAAAGAGCUAUAAAAAAUUAUCAAUAAUUCUCCAUCCUGAUAAAAAAACUGGAGAUGAAAAAGCAUUUAUGAAAUUAACAAAAGCGUAUCAGGCGUUAACGGACGAUGAGGCACGCCGUAACUGGGAGAAAUAUGGUAAUCCAGAUGGGCCAGGUGCAAUGAGCUUUGGUAUUGCAUUACCUGCUUGGAUUGUCGAAAAAGAAAACACAGUGUGGGUGUUAGGGUUGUAUGCGUUAGUAUUCAUGGUUGCAUUACCUACAGUUGUGGGUACCUGGUGGUAUCGUAGUAUCCGAUUUUCUGGUGAUCAAGUGCUUUUAGAUACAACACAGUUGUAUUAUUAUUUCUUCCAUAAAACUCCCAGUAUGAUGUUAAAACGUGUAAUUAUGAUUUUGGCAGCGAGUUUAGAGUUUGAUAAACGGCAUAAUUCACAAAUUGUUGAAAGGUUAAGUGAUAAUGAAGAAGUUCCACAUUUAAUAAAACAAUUACCAAAUUUAAGUGAAAAAAAUCGUGAGAGACCGUUAUGUUAUAUGUAUUCAAUAAAAACCAGAGCAAUAAUUCAUGCACAUUUAUCACGUAUUUCAUUAAAUCCACUGACGCUGGAAAAAGACAGGCAAUAUAUUGUUAAAAAGUGUCCUUAUUUAAUUCAAGAGCAAGUGAAUUGUGUCAAUCAAUUAAUUUUGUUAGCGUAUGCUGGACGAUUACCUCGUUUGCCAUCUAUUGAAACAAUUGAAAAUUGUAUGAAAUUAUGUCCGAUGAUUGUUCAAGCAUUAUGGGAAUUUAAAAACCCGCUAUUACAAUUACCACAUGUUACGGAUGAUAAUUUGAAAUAUUUUAUGAGUAAAAAGCGUCAAGUAAAAACACUUCAACAACUGGCGCAACUAAAAAACGAGGAUCGUAAAGCAUUAUUCCGCCAUUUAUCCGAAGAGCAAUACGAAAAUGUACUUAAAGUUUUAGGUCAAAUGCCGUAUGUUGACUUUAAGAUUCAACAUGAAGUAUGUGACGAUGAAAAUCCAAAUGUCGUAACAGCCGGUGCAAUAGUUACAGUCACAGUUUCAUUAAAACGUCACGAUAUGAAAACAUUAUUCGGUGAUUCAACCAUAGCUGAAUCACAACCAAUUCGCGGAGACGAAGAACAUACCAAAGAUGAAAUAUCUGAAGUUAAUGGAGGAGGGGAUACUGCAAGCACAACAGAAACAAAACCAAAUGUGAAAAAACCAGCAUGGAUUAAACAAAAACGUGGUGGCGGAGGUAAAAAGAGUAAUAAGAGGCCUAACAAACAAAAUCGUGUCAAUAAAGAACGUUCAACUACAACAGCUAAAAUUGAAGAAUCGCCUAAGGUCGACGAUGCAACACCUAAAUCAAAGAAACUGACUAAGGAGUCAUUGAAUUUACAAGAAUCAGAUGAUAGUGAUGGUGCGGGAACAGACGGAGAAGAUGAAACACCCGAAGUAACCACUCAACAUUCAUCUGAAGAUGAAGAUUCUGAUUCUGGAGGUGGUAAUAAUAAGAAAGUUUCAUCAUUAGAUGAUGAUCAAGAAUGGGAAAAAUUCCAACAGAAAUUACAAAAACGUGAUAAAGGUCUAGAAGGAAGAUCAAAAGUAUCACAUUCUGUACAUUGUCCAUAUUUUCCAGAAGACAAACAAGAAUAUUGGUGGACAUAUAUUUGUGAUAGAAAGAGUAAAACAUUGUUAACAGCUCCACAUCAUAUCACAAAUCUAGUAGAUUACGAAGAAGUGCAAUUAAAGUUCACAGCUCCAAGAUGGCCUGGGGUAUACACAUUCACAGUAUGUUUACGUAGUGAUUCAUAUAUUGGUUUAGAUCAACAACAAGAAUUGCGAUUAGAUAUUAAAGAAGCACCAGCGAUACCCACAGAACAUCCACAAUGGGAUAUUAGUGAGAGUGAGGAUGAAGGUAAUGGUGCAACUGCUAACGGUGGUGCAGACGAUGACGAACUAUCAGAGUUUGCAACCGAUGAUGAAAUUGAAGAGGAUGAUGAAUGAGAGAAAAAGCAAACAUGUUGAAGUGUACAAAUAAUGGUUUUUUAGAAACAAAUUAUUAUGUGGAAAAAUGUGGAACUGCGUUCGUUUUCUUUUAUUUUGUGUGGUUGUGAACAAAUUAGUGAGGAAGGGAUUAAACCAAUAAUAAUCUAACAACAUUUAGUGGCAAUUUUAUGGGGGUAACUAAAUAGUAUACGUAAAAUAGUUUGGUAUGCGUUUAAUUCUGGCAGAAUAACAUUUAUUUAUAGAUUUAAAAGUUUUCCCAGUUUGGCAUUGAAAAUAAAAAAAUGAACGCAGAGUUAAACUGAAAAUAUAUGUUAAUUGGUAGGGUCUUAAAAACAUGUAAUUUUAGAAAAUAAUUUGUUAUAUAAAUGACUAUUUUAAAAUUACAAGAUUCUUUCAAACGAGAAAGUUAUAGUUGCAAAGUAAAUAGGUACCAUACAUAUUAUUUCAAUAUCUUAAUUAAAAUGUUACCCAAUUCGCAAAAGAUUUUUUUUGUCAAGUCUGAAAUUCCAUAUUGCCUUACUCAUUAUCAUUAUUUUUCGACCAGUAUAAUUAAUUCCCACCCUAUAUAGCUAUUAUUAAGAACAAAUAUAAUAAUGUUCUCUUUUUCAUUUAAUCUUUGAUAAAU